AUGUCUGCAACGAAUGAUCAAUUGAUGAAUCGAUGCUUUGGCGAGAAUUCUAGUCUCUCUCGUUGUCCCGAACAAUCAUGGUUAUCCUUGUUCCCGCAUCUCUACUUCAUUUGCUUGAUUCCCAUUCAAUUUUUGGCAUUUCGAAUUCCGAAACGAACCCCAGCAGCACUUCCGUUACGGCUGAGAAUCAGACUGUUGAUCUUGAUUGGAUUGAUCAUCACAACGUUGAUCGAGCUGGUUUGUCUCUAUUUGGGAGAUGGACCGCCAUUAUUUUGGAAACAAGUCGACAAUCUUGGAGCUAUCGCAACUUGGACGCUUGCCUUGGUCUCUUUGGUGAUCGCUUUUUACACGGGUCGUCGAUCAAAUGGUUUUGUUAUCACGUAUUCCCUUUUCCAGCUGAUUGCUCAAGGAUUGAUAUUCUUGAAAAUGAUUUUUGACGGUCAGAAUGUCUCAAUCUACGCGAUCGUGCAACUCGUGUUGCUCUUUUUGUUGAACGGUUCUUUCUUUGGGAAUGAUGUGAUGGUGGUGGAGAAAGAAGAUUUGAAAGAGCAAGAAUUGAACUCAUUCAAAACUCGUGUUCAGCAAUUUUCUCCGAUGGACACAGCCGGUUUCCACUCUCGGACGACGAUAUCUUGGCUCUCGAGUUUGAUAGCUUUAGGAUAUAGAAAGUCUCUGGUGUUAGAAGACCUGUUCGAUUUGCCAAGAAACACCACCUCAAAAUAUCUAAUGGAAAAAUGGGAGAGUGGAUGGAUAAGAGAAUGCCGACGAGUCGAGCCCAAAGCCACUCGUCCCCGUAUCGGUCGUGUUCUCUUCCGAAUCUUUCGCUCGUCAAUGCUCCCCGCAAUGUCUUUAAGGCUCAUCGCCGAAGCUCUCCUCUUCGUGAAUCCACUGCUGCUCAAAUAUCUCAUCGAUUUCGUCUCCACCCCAUCCGCUCCACUCUCAUUCGGUCUUCUCUGUGCUUUGUGCAUGUUCAUCAAUUCACUCCUUCGAUCUUUUCUCAACAAUAAUUACGCGUAUAUCAUUCUACAGAACUCGGUUUGGAUGCAGUCAAUGUUGUCGAAUGCGAUCUUUAGAAAGAUCCUUCGUCUUUCCCCAGUUUCUCGGGGUCGUCACACUGUUGGCGAAAUGAUGAAUUUCUUGGCAGUUGAUGCUGAGAAGAUCAUGGCCUAUCUACCAUUUCUCGUCGAGACAAUUACUUGUCCGAUGGAUAUCGUGAUCUCGAUGAUCAUGUUAUGGGCAAUCAUGGGUCCAACUGCAAUCUCGGGAAUCGUUUUGAUGGUUUGCAUCGUGCCAUUCAACUACUACACCUCGAAAUACAUUAAAGUUCUUCAAAAGAAGCAAUUGAAAGUGAAAGAUGAAAGGACAAAGAUGAGUAAUGAGGUUUUAAACGGGAUCAAGUUGAUCAAAUUGUACGCUUGGGAGGAAGCCUUUGAGAAAGAGAUCGAUCAACUCCGUGCUGAAGAGGUUCAAAUUCUCCGCAAGAUGAAUAUGACGGCUCGGCUUGUGGACGCGCUCAAUUCGAUGGCGGCUCCAUACCUUGUAGCUAUCGUGACUUUUGCCUUCUACGUUUUAUCUUCCGAAGACAACGUCCUUACUCCACAGGUAGCCUUCGUUGCAUUGGCCGUUUUCAAUCAACUCCGAAUGCCGAUGCGAAUUUUAGCCAUGCUAAUCAACUAUCUCGUCCAGGCUUUGGUCUCAUCACGGAGAGUCGAGGAAUUCCUAAUCGAGGACGAGAUUCAACAGGGACAAAUCACUAUGCCGAAGGACCCGGAAAUCGCCGUGAAAGCCGAAAAAGCAACAUUCAAUUGGAACGGCAUCAAUUCGCCGGCAAGUCUCACCAUUCCCGAGUUGUCCAUCAGAAAAGGCGAAUUCAUCGCCGUCGUCGGAGCGGUUGGCGCCGGGAAGAGCAGUCUUUUAAACGCGCUUUUGGGUGAAAUGUGCCAAUUGGGUGGAGGGAUUGCGUUGAGCGAUCGAGUGGCAUACGUUCCGCAACAGCCGUGGCUCCGAAACGAGACCCUCCGACAGAAUAUUACCUUUGGCAGGCCCUAUGAUCGUCGUCUUUUCCGUCGUGUGACUGAUGCUGCUCAAUUGAGGCCCGAUUUCGAUGCCCUUGACCAUGGAGAUAUGACAGAAAUCGGGGAAAAUGGAGUCACGCUGUCAGGCGGGCAAAAAGCAAGGAUUGGUCUGGCGAGAGCUCUCUAUCAGGAAUCGGAAGUGUAUUUGUUAGAUGAUUGUCUCUCAGCUGUUGACGCACACGUCGGUGCAGCCAUGUAUUUCCGAGCGCUAGGAAAAGAGGGAAUUCUGAGGGGGAAAACGAGGAUCCUCGUCACACAUGGUCUUCAAUACACAAAAGAAUGUGAUCGAAUUGUGGUGAUGCGUGAGGGAACGAUUGCCGAGAUCGGGACUUAUGAUGAACUUUUGAAAAGCGGUGGUCUUUUCGCGGAGAUGCUUCAAGAAAGAGAGAAAACGAAAAAAGAAAACGAGGAAGAAGAUGAGGAGAUGAAAUUUGAAACUGCUAGACAACUCUCGAGCCGUUUAAGUCGUUACGAUUCAACAUCAGAAAGCAUUAAAGACGAAGCGAAACUCGUCCAGAAAGAGAAUGUCGAAACGGGAAGGGUCUCCAAUCACGUCUACAUGACCUAUUUGAGGGCGGUGAGUCUUCUGUGCACUCUUCUGAUCACAUCUUUCGUCGUCGUGCAUAUCAUUUUCGCGAUCGCUCGCUCAUUAUGGCUAUCGGAUUGGUCGAAUGGGAAUCAAGAAAGGAAACAAACACAAGAAGAGACCAUUAAGAAGUUGUCCGUUUUCUCGGCUCUUGGUUUAGCGGAAGUGAUCACGCUGCUUGGAAUUCAAGCCGCGCUUGUGAUCGGUGCUCAGCGUGCCUCACUCCGUCUCCAUUCUCCACUCCUUCACGCGAUUCUUCGCUCACCAAUGGCUUUCUUCGACACGACUCCCGUUGGUCGGAUAUUAAAUCGAUUAUCCAGAGACCUAGAAGUGAUCGACAAUCUUCUCCCAUCAACCAUUGGAAUGUUUCUGAACUGUUUCGUUCAAUUGAUCGUCGUUUUGGUGAUGAUCUCGAUUGCGACUCCGAUCUUUAUCAUUGCCAUCGUUCCAAUCGCAUUGAUCUACUUCUUUUUCUUGCGCUACUUCAUCAACACAGCUCGUCAAUUGAAACGUCUUGAGAGCAUUCGACGAUCACCGAUUCUUUCGUUAUUCGGUGAAACUGUACACGGUGCAUCAAGCAUUCGUGCUUACUCGAAAACCCAAAAAAUUUGUGAAAACUUUGGGGAAACUGUCGAUACAUUUGCGAGAUGUAAACACUUGUCGUUUGCUGGAAAUCGAUGGUUGGGAUUUAGAUUGGAAACAAUCUCAGCAUGCACAAUUCUUCUGGCUGCACUUUGUGGUGUAUUCUCGUCGCGUUUCUCGACGAUUUCCCCAGCGAUGAUCGGAAUGAGUAUUUCGUACGCUUUAACGAUCACAGAGAUGUUGUAUUUUGGUGUUCGAAUGAUGUCUGAAUUGGAAACUUACAUUGUAUCAGUGGAAAGAGUUGACGAGUACUCACAAUUGGAAUCAGAAGCCGAAUGGAGAAAAGAAGACGGGAAAUUGAGUAAAGAUUGGCCACAAAGAGGACAAAUUACUUGGGAAGGAUAUUCAACGAGAUAUAGAGCUGAGUUACCGCUAGUGAUUAGGGAUCUCUCGUUGAGUACGGUUGAUGGAGAGAAAGUCGGAGUUGUGGGAAGGACAGGAUCGGGUAAAUCUUCACUGACGAUGGCUCUUUAUCGAAUGAUUGAACCGGCUGAUGGGCGAAUUCUCAUUGAUGGAGUCGAUAUUGCACAGAUUGGAUUGCAUGAUUUAAGAGAAAGACUCUCAAUCAUUCCACAGGAACCAGUUCUCUUCUCAGGCACCGUUCGUUUCAACCUCGAUCCAUUCAAUAAAUACACGGAUAGUGAACUAUGGAAUGCUUUGGAUAUUUGUCAAUUAAAAGAUUAUGUAUCAACGUUGGAUGGUCAAUUGUCAAAUAAAAUCACAGAAGGUGGAAUGAAUAUGAGUGUUGGUCAACGGCAAUUGGUGUGUCUUGGAAGAGCUUUGCUGAGAGGCGGAAAGAUUUUGAUUUUAGAUGAGGCAACAGCGGCUUGUGAUAUUCAAACGGAUGCCCUCGUUCAAAAAGCUGUUAGAGAGCAUUUCCCGUCAUCAAGCGUCAUCGCUAUUGCUCAUCGUUUAGACACAAUUGCUGACUAUGAUCGAAUCUUGGUGCUGGAAAAGGGUCAUUUAAAAGAAUUCGACAAGCCGAAAACUCUCUUGGAAACGCCCGGAUCACUUUACGCGGCUUUAGUCGAAAAAGCCAAUCGAGUACAUCAA